AUGUCGCUGCCAGCACGUCUGCUAGCUCCAUUGGAAACCGCACCCGCUCGAAUAUCUAGUGCAUUAUACGUUUGCUCGACCUGUAGACGUCAAUGCCUUCCCCAGGCUCUCCGAUCCGUCAACCAAUUCCAAUUCCGCCAGUACCACCCAUCCAACAGCAGCCAAAACAACGAUAACGGCGACUUGCCCGUGACCGAGAAGCUGCGCAGGAAGAUAUGGGGAACGGACAAGCCUCCGGGAGUGAAGGAUCCAUACGGAAGUGAAAGCCAGCUCGACCAUGUCGAACCUCCAGUGGAAUUGUCGCAGGCGGACCCUCUCCUCGAAUCUGAAAUGGGAGAGGAGGACCAAGGAAUGCGCGUUGCUACUGCGGAAGAGAAAGCCCAUGGGGAAUAUAAGAGUGCGGAUACCUGGGAAGGUUUAAGACAGGUCGGUGCGGAGCAAUGGUGGGAGAAUCCUCCUAAAGCUGAGGAUUAUUUCGAACCAUUUAUGGCUCUGGAGAAAGCUACGUCCCGCACCAAAUUUUACCAAAUCCUCCAUCAAGCCAUGGUCGAAUUGCUCAUAUUGAAAGACAUGAAGAAGCCUCUUGCGGACGGCUGCAACAUCCUCGGCUACGAAGAAGCUAUCCUCUCCAUUAUUAACCAGGCGGAGGUGAAGAUGAACGAUUCAACUACCCCAUCCCUGACUUUCCACGGCGAGGAAGCGAAGACUGCUAUCUACGAAUGGUUUGCUCAACUUUAUGAACCGAUAGAAGGUAGCGCCGAAGCAGAAGCCGAAAGAACCACCGUUGUUGCAGAAUCUAGUGAGACACAAGAUAUUACGCCCGAGGAGGAAGCACAGCUUGCUGCCGCCGAACAGGACGAGGUGGAUACCAAUGGGCCAACAACUUAUCGCCCAAAGAAUCUCGACUUCCUCCGCAUCCCUCUUACAGACCCGGAAUUUAAAUUUGCUUACCUCAAACGAGUCAGCCAAUUAACCGGCUACCGCAUCCCGGAUCCCCAACUCGCCAAAAUAACCAAGCCAUCACGACUCCUCAGCUUCCUCACUCAAGUGUCCAAGCCGAAGCCGAAGAAGCUAGCAGAGCACCUUCUUAAGGACGAACGUCUGACCAGCCUGCCCAAUGUUAAGAUCAUGGAUAGGCGAUACACGCCGAUCGACAAGGAGAAGGAGAUUGGGCGGUGGAAGCUUAUCGAGGAGGAGUUAACGAGGCGGGGAUUGCCAGUUACUGGUCGGGUGCGGACAUGA